AUGGUGGCGAGGGCCACAGACGGAGGAGACAAUGCCGCCCAAUCGGGCUCGGAGACACAUCCAGUCGUGCGCCUCGGCUUUCGGCCUGAUGGCAAGCGCCGCGUCAGCGUGGCGUCCGGGUCCGCCCCUCUCCCCACAGCAGGUGAAGGCGCGUCAGGACGCGACAGUGCUCGAGGCGUGGGAUCUCUCGGCGGCGCUGUCCUGGGGGGUUCCGCCUCGGCCGCUCUCUCCCGCCAGGCGUCGGGCUUAAAUCUCUCCUCGUCCUCGCUUGCGUCGUAUCCGUCUUCCGCGUUCCCGGCUCCGUUCCCGCUUUCCAAUGCGCCGCGCUCGACCGCCUUCGCCCGGCCUCCCGCGCGCGCAGCGCCUGGCGCUGGGCGGGGCUUGGCGGGGCGCCUGCUGGUCCGCGCGUUCUUCGACGACAUGAAGACCGUUAGCAUGCAGCGCAUAAAUCAGAAAAACGCCUUUCAGGUGGAUCUCAUCGACCGCCUCGCCCUCGUCGUUCAACAACAGCUGGUCAAAACUGACCACGCAGCUCUCACGGACGGUAACGAUGCACAGCAGCCGGCCCUGCUCGACGGCGCCUCCUCUCCAGAUUUCCAGAGCAAUUUAGACAUGUCACGCACAGGAAGAGGUGAAGAAGGGGAAGAAGGCAUUACAUUCACGCACGUCUCCUCUGCUGUCGAAGGGGCGACGCGCGUGUACGGCUACCGCGUCGAGGCCGUCUACGAUCAAACCUAUCAUGUGUUAAAUUUGAUGAGCGCGUCGCGCCAAGGCCAGGGAGGCGAAGACGAGGCUGAUGGCGAGGCCGCGUCGCACCCGGCGCGCCGGGGCCGCCACCGCCCGCAGCUCCUCCUUUUCAAGAAGGGAGGAGCAAGCACCCUUGCCCCGGCAUCCGAAAUUACUGAGGCACAGAUUGACAAGGAUAGCUGUGUCGAUCCCUAUUUCUUGAAGAUCUCGGGAAUGUUUGACCAGGCAGGGGCGAAAGGACUUCUUUUGGCGAAUCUAGAGGUCGACACGUCCCUGCGAAUGAAGCUCGACGGUGAAUGUCGAGCCUUCCCCACAGGCGUCUUGACACACGACGCGGACCGAGAGAAGGGCGAAGGCGCGAGAGAGGAGACACAAGAAGGCGAGACGCCGGAACGGACGAUGAAGAUCCCGGAACCGAGUGUCGACUGCGCCUUUCUAAAAGAUCUUCUCCUCGCCGGCGACACCCCCGCCUCCGUUCUCUCCCUGGACAUCUGCGAGAAACCCAUCGGGCACUUUCGCAGCCUUCUGCAGAGCCUGAGGCGCGGUCGCGACGCGAAGGCCGCCGGCGCUGUCUCGGAAGUGGAAGACGAGGCGAACGAGCUCGAAGCAGACGAUGAAGCUCUCGAUAUGGACAUGGACGCGAAGCUGGGAGACAGUGUAUUCCCAGACACUUCCCAGGACGAGGCGCACCUGCUGCGGGUCGGCGAGAGUUACAUGAGCGACGACGCUGCUGCCUGCCUCGAUGGUGCCGCGUCGGAGGCUCGAGAAGGCGAAACGCCGGAAGCGCCACAGGACGACGAGCUCUUCGGCGAUGGCGGCAUGGACUUUCUCUGCGAUGGACCCGCUGGAGACCCUGAAGAAAGCAGAGACGAGGCGUGGGAGCGGCAGGGGAGAGACGGGCGAGUCAGGGACGGAGACGGUGGAGACGAAGAGAGCGAAAGGUUCAUGUAUGAUGAGCAAACCGAUGGUGCUGGCGGAAGCAGCGGCGCGCACGCCAAGUCCUACUCGUUCGACCGCCUCGUCCCCGCCUUCUCGCAGUUCCUCGGAGUCCCGGGGGGGGGGCAAGGAGCCCAACUAGCGGCGAAACGGGCCUUCGGGCUCGUGCCGACCACGGCGAGACCACAGGGCAGCUCUCGCGCCGACGGGCCCCAGUCUCUGGGAGGCGAAUCGGACGGCGGAGACCCCGGCUCGCAGCGAGGCGGAGGGGCCGAGUCCGCGUCGGCAGCCUCCGAUACGUUUCCGCUCUUGGCGAGAGGCAGUGGCGCGGCGGUGCCGCGUGGGCCGGCUGUGGCCGCGCGUCUUACUGCGAAGGAGAGACAAAUGAAGAAGCAGGAACAGUUCAGAGAAAUGCUCAAUCCGUUCCGCGUAGACAUGACGAACUUGGACACCAAGAGUGCAGGCCUGCCGCUUGGCUCCAAGUUCCAGUGUUAUGUUCCAAGACCCCAGGAGAAUGUAACAGUUGCGUCGGAUUUUACUUCUUCGCCAUUUCUCCACUCGCCACAUCUUCUUGUCUCUCUCGCGAUGGUCCCCUUCAAAGAAAUCCGUCUCCGCCGCCACACGGGCCCCUCGCUGAGCGACGGCUGGGCUCCAGGCGAGGGCGAUACCCACAGUGGACAAGCUGGGAGACAGUUUGGGCGAGGAGACAGACGAGGAUCCAACGGGCCUUGGGAAGCAACGUUCAUCGACGCAGGAGAUGACGCAGGACUCGGCGACGACAGUUUCUGGUCGGGCGCGGCCCAUGGACCGCUGCUGAAGGAGCGAGCGCUCGAGGCAGCAGACGCGAAGGCUCAAACUCUGCUUGAGGGCGGAGGCGUCCUCGACAAUGAUUGGGCAGAUACAGCGUGGGCUGGCGGCGAGAAUGAUCAGGCGUCUUCGUACAUUGCGCGCCUGUUCGAGCGCGGCGACGCGGCCAGCCGUGGGACUACGGGCCUGUCUCUUGGCGACAUCGUUGGAGUUAGCGAACUGCGGCUGAGUAUUCCGUCUCGGUACGUCGAUGUGGCCGUGGUCAAGAAGGCACUGAAAACCGCCCUCGGCGUCCUACCAGACUCAGCCGAUCGCGACGCAGAGAGCUCGGCCCGCAGCCGAAAGCGGAAGCGCGACGUGCUCACGACGCCCGGCGAGGAACAAUCCGAUGAAGAAGACGAUGCCGACAGUUGCGUAGACGGUGGGGAAUCGGGCGAAUCGUGCAGAGAACUGGCGCUCUGGAGUCCCCACGGCCGCCGCGACGGUGUCGACUUCGAGGCUCUCUGUACAGAGACGACGAAGAAGCUGCCGUGCGCUGAGAAGGCGAACUGCUCUCCGCAGAUGUUGUUCGUCUGUCUCCUGUACACCUGCAACGAAGAAACACUCCACCUGGAACGGUCCCCUGACUUCUCGUCGUUUUCUGCCUUUGUGCAUGCACCCACGGACUGGCACACGCGCGACGACGCAGAAGCUGUUCGCAUUCUGGAAACUGUGAGAAAUUACAGUCCUCUCGCGCUUCCGGCCCUCCCGGAGAAGAAGAAAAAAGAAACGCUCGGACUCGAGGGGCCAGCGGGCGAAGCACGAGGAGAGGCGGGAGGCGUUGAGGGAGAGGAAGGCUCGGGUGAGGGGGAACGUCUCGCCAGGAAGCGCAACUUGAACGAAGAGCGAAACGAGGGAGGAAACAAGAGGGGACAAGGAGACGACGAGGUGCGAAGCAAGAAGCGGAGAAACAAGAGACUAAGAAAGAUAGACAGCGACGAGUCGUCAGACUGA